AUGGACAAUGUCAAUCCUCGCACAGCGCUGGAUAACGCUACAAGAAUGGCACAGCUCCAACAAUAUGAGGAAGAAGACGGCCGACCGGCCCUGAAGAGAGCAAGAUCAUCCAUGAGCAAACCCUCGGCAAGCAAGGCACCUGUCCAGGAGAGCAUUGCGUUCGAUAUACAGAAUGCUGGAGACCCUUUGGACUACCCUCGACGAAGAGCCACGAUCGCUUGUGAGGUCUGCCGUAGCCGAAAGUCUCGGUGCGAUGGAGCGAGACCAAAAUGCAAAUUAUGCACUGAGCUGAGCGCGGACUGUGUUUAUCGCGAACCUGGCAUCAAGCUAGAUGCUGGCGACAAGCUCAUACUGGAACGCCUCGCGCAUAUCGAAGGGCUCUUGCAAUCGAAUCUGCUACAGUCACCGACCUCCGGAUCAGGUCCUUUUGGCCCUAUUUCGCCUGCAACGAGCAACACUGCAUCUGAUGCCGAUAUUCAAAGCAAGCGCAUGAGUGCUUCCGUGAGUUCCGCUCACACGACUCCGGCGCUGCACCUUCUCCAGUGGCCGAUAAUACGGGAUCUCGUCUCAAAGCAAUGCGAUCCACAGGUCUUAUUGCAACUCGAAAUGGCUCGUCCACCACUUCAACUACAGCCACCGUACCAGCUUGAUUUAGAUGAGAACGUGCACACUUUUGCCAGAGCAUUCUUUGAAAAGGUCAAUGUAUGGUAUGCUUGCGUGAGCCCUUACUCAUGGCACAGCUAUUACCGGGCGGCGUCAGCGGUCGGCUUCCGGUCAGGAGCAGAGACGUGCGUGGUUCUACUGGUACUCGCGCUUGGUCAAGCGGCAAAUACUGGCCGGAGCAUCUCUCGCUUGGCUGAUGGCGAAGCUAUACCUGGCCUUGAUUACUUCAGCGCAGCGUGGACUGUUCUUCCCGGACUCAUGAUUCGCAACGAUGUAUUGUCAGCUCAGUGUCAUAUAUCAGCAGCAGCAUAUCUGCUGUACUUAGUUCGACCACUGGAAGCGUGGAACAUGCUGUGCAACGCGUCCAUGAAGCUGCAGUUGCUGCUCUCCGCACCGAGCACGAUCGCGCCACAGGUCAAGGAGCUAAGCGAGAGGAUAUAUUGGAACGCGCUCAUGAUUGAAUCAGAUCUUCUGGCCGAGCUCGACCUGCCACACUCAGGUAUUGUGCAGUUCGAGGAGAGCAUGCGGCUGCCACGAAGCUUUCCGUACGAUGCGACAGUAGCUGGAUCUGACGAACUCCCCGGCAACGAUGAGCUUUGGUACUUCCUUGCUGAGAUUGCACUCAGGCGCCUACUCAAUCGUGUUUCAAACGUUCUGUAUUCGCACAAGCGCAAUUCCAUCGCCUCGCUGGAGCCAGUUGUGGCAGAACUCGACCAUCAACUUUCCCAAUGGUAUGAAGGUCUUCCACCUUCGAUCCGCUUUCCGCGCGAGAGACUGCCAGCCCGCGAUCAGGUCCAGACAGUCCUUCGAUUGCGCUACUUUGCGUGUCGCACAAUCAUAUUUCGGCCAUACAUACAAGCAGUGCUACAGGACGAGAGUCUUGCGCAUGAGGCCGGCGUACAAGCUGCUUGUGAGAAGUGCCUAGACGCUUGUGUACGGCAGCUCGAGAAUGUUAUGGCGCAUCAUACUGGACAUCUGCCCUAUCUCUGGCAGGGAGCACUGUCGAUCACGAGCCAGACUUUGCUGUUGAUGGGAACGACGUUGUCGCCUGUGCUGAGCAGUCUUCUGCCUCCGAAGCAGCAGAUUGACGCUGUAAUCUCUGAUGUUGUGGCGGAGACGGAAAGACUGGCGCAUCUAGCGCCGAGUAUACGACUUUGUGCUGAUAUCAUACGCGAAGCUGAAGAAAGGCGGCAAGUCCUGAUGCAACGACCUCGAUGA